GCAGGGAGUGAGUGAGCAAGAAACAGUGAGAGAAAAAGAGAGCGAGAGAGAGAGAACUGCUGCCAGCAGAACUAGAUCAGGUUGCAAAUAUUGAUAGAGAGGCUGUUCAGCUAAUAAGCAGAGGUAAUUAUCUCUUGUAAUUCAACAUUUUUAUGGGAAAUGUGACAAAGGACUUCAAUGUUACUAAAGAUUGUCAAUGAACACAAGUGCUGAGGGAGUUCAGAAGAUGGGGAUACAAAGCCUUUUUUCACAUUGGGAAAUUGUUAGAUACCUUUGUUUACGCCCAGCAACGGAGGACAAACUGAGGACAGAGUGAUUCAGUCAAAGAGAAGAAAAUACACACAUUUGUCAUGGUUUUGUUCUUUGUGGGGACCAAUUGACCACAGUUGCAUUGCACGUAUGUGCGAUGUAUGUAGGAAGAACUCGCUGACUGACAACAACAGAGGAAGGAAAGAUAGCAGAUAUAGAGCUCAAUGAUGAAGAAAUUCAAAGGGUUUCUGUGUCUGUGGCUCAAAAGGAUGGAGUGGUUCUACCCUUAGGAAUCACAGAGGGAGAGACCAGCUCUGGUGGCUUAAACUCGGAGGGAGAAUGAUGCUUCAGAUUGGUUAGCUGGGAUAUGAGCCAGGAGGACACUGUGUUUCAGCUCUAAAGUGGGGUAGAAGAAGAACCAGGUGGAUAAUAUAAGGGAGUGGUCGGCCGAGAGUACAACAACCCACACAGCACACCUUCUCCCUGGCUAUGACCGGCUGAGAUGGGGCUCUGGCAGUGACACCACUGGAAAGGACCUCUGAGUGAUCACACAUUGGGACAUCCGGGACCUCCCACCUACUCCCGACCCUGCAGCCCGGGCCUACGUGGCCAGCAUGAGUGUGGGGCGUCUCAACCGUUACAGCAUUGUGUCAUCCGAGGAGGAGGCGCUGCGGCUAACCAACAUGCACGGCGGCAGCAGUGGUGGAAUGAAUGGCUUUGGCAACGGCAAAAUCCACACACGCCGCAAGGUCCGCAACCGCUUCGUCAAGAAGAAUGGCCAGUGCAAUGUGCAGUUUGCCAACAUGGAGGACAAGUCAUCGCGCUACAUGGCCGAUAUGUUCACCACGUGCGUGGACAUCCGUUGGCGCUACAUGCUGGUGCUGUUCACGCUGGUGUUUGUGCUGUCUUGGCUGGCCUUUGGCCUGGCCUUCUGGGUCAUAGCGUUACUCCACGGCGACCUUGACAACCCGGCCGGAGACGACAACUUCACGCCCUGCGUUCUGCAAGUCAACGGCUUCGUGGCCGCCUUCCUGUUCUCCAUCGAAACCCAGUCGACCAUCGGCUACGGCUACCGCUGCGUGACGGAGGAGUGUCCCGUCGCAGUCUUCAUGGUGGUCUUCCAGUCCAUCGUGGGCUGCAUCAUUGACUGCUUCAUGAUUGGCGCCAUCAUGGCCAAGAUGGCACGGCCCAAGAAGCGGGCACAGACGCUGCUGUUCAGCCACAACGCAGUGAUCGCCAUGCGCGACAGCAAGCUGUGCCUCAUGUGGAGGGUGGGGAACCUGAGGAAGAGUCACAUUGUAGAGGCCCAUGUCAGAGCUCAGCUCAUCAAACCCCGGAUCACUGACGAAGGGGAGUACAUCCCCUUGGACCAAAUAGACAUCAAUGUGGGCUUUGACAAAGGCCUGGACAGGAUUUUCUUGGUGUCGCCCAUUACGAUUAUCCAUGAGAUUGAUGAGGAUAGUCCACUCUAUGGGAUUGGUAAAAAUGACCUGGAGACGGCAGACUUUGAGAUCGUGGUCAUACUGGAGGGAAUGGUCGAGGCGACUGCCAUGACCACACAGGCGCGCAGCUCCUACUUGGCCACGGAGGUACUGUGGGGUCACCGGUUCGAGCCGGUGCUCUUCGAGGAGAAGAACCUGUACAAGGUGGAUUACUCUCACUUUCACAAGACCUACGAGGUACCGUCCACCCCGCGCUACAGUGCCAAGGACAUGGUGGAGAACAAAUUCCUGGUGCCCACCUCCAACUCCUUCUGUUACGAGAACGAGCUGGCCUUCCUCAGCCGGGACGAGGACGAGGAAGAGGAUGUGGUGGGCGUAAGCGUGGGCGGUGGUGUCAGAGUGCUGGCCAACCUGAACAGUCCGGACCGGACCAGUCGACACGAGUUCGAGAGGAUACAGACAACUAGGGGACUGGACCAAAGGUCGUACCGCAGGGAGUCAGAGAUAUGACCCCUGACCUUGUACCUACCCAGGGUCAACUUUUGAUACGUUUUCUUUCCUUCCAAGGGUAAAAAUGCAGAACAAUGCAAAGUGCCAUAGGAAAAGCUGACUACUGUAAUAGGUUGGAAAGAAAAUAAGGGGACAGUGAAAGGGAAAGAGGGAUACUGUUUGGAAGGAAAAGGUGAAAGCAAGAGUACGCAGCUCGCAAAACUGUGGUAGAGAAUGUCGUCAACAAAAGGAAAAGGCCUGUGAAGGACCUUAUUCCUUCAUGGAAACUUGAAUAUUUUUUUCAUAAUGUCAUUUGAGUUUCAAUGAUGCAUCGAACAGGUAUAAUGACAAGACCUAAUAAUCCGAUACUAGGUGUUCAUAUUAUUGCUUAGAUAAGUUGUUUUGUGUGGAGUACCGUUUUUCAAAAAACAUACUUAAAAAAUAUUUUUGCUAUUUCAACUUGCUGUUGGGCACAAAUGAUAGUGUUACAGUUUAAAGCUACCCAUACGCUUCCCACAUUGCUGGAAUUCCCAAUCGCUGUAACGGAGUUUGAUGAAACUUUGAAAAUUCCUGUAAAAGUGUACUGCAGCAUUCAGAAGCAAUGAACCAUGCUAAAUCAUUUAACCAUCCACGAGCCAUUGAAGCACAACGUAGUUUCACAACUUUAAUUUGAACCAGUUGUGAUGAAUACAUAUAAUUUGCACUAUUAGCCGAAUUUAGGAGUAGGCCCAAUAGUAAUGCAGUAAAUUAAUUUAGAAUGGGCAGGGGGGGAACAUCUCAAAAUUCUCUAGAAAGAAAAUAAAUUGAAUUGAUAAUUUUGAUACCGCCUUGCUUAAAACAUUAAAAUAACACAGGAUUAUUCUGACCUCAACGAAGUUUGAAACAACUAUAGGGAAAAUAUCAUUACAUUUCUUUUUUUCUCUCUUUUUUAUUCUCUUUAAAACAAAUCUAUGCACAUCAUUAAUGAUAUCAAGGGACAGAAACUGAAUGGAUUUCCGUAGAAGAUGUUAUGAUGUCGUCCAACCACCAUUGCAUAAUUCUACAAAGAGAACCGGUUUGAUGAAUGUGUGUCUGAACUCAAUGAGGAUUGAGGGCCUUCAGAUGUAUAAAGUGUUUCCCCUCUAAUAUCUUUAUAAGUAAAGAGCAGUUAUUGUAUGCUAUCAAAUCCCCUUUGAUAGAAAAGUUCAAAUAGUAUGCAGAAAGAAUGGUACUUUAGCAGGUAAAGUGAUGUGUGUUAAAGGAAUACUCCACUCAUGAUGAUGGUGUAAGUGACAAUUUGCUUUUUGAAAGUCCUACAUCUUGAAAACUUGCUGACAUUUUCGGACUAUAUGGACAAUGGACUAAUGAAAAAAAUACUAAAUAUAGUUUAAAAUAGUGUAUUAUUCCUUCAAGCUUUGCUUUGCUGGAACUGUCAUCAAUAUUUUCCUAAUGGUCUACACAGGGUAUGCAUGUGGGGCAAGGUUAAAAUUUGUAAAAUGAUUAAUCCCGUGUUUUUAGAAACAUACUGAAAGAGCAAGCUAUUAACCCCUAUUAAGCACGAGAAACUAUCUGUGAUAUGUUGAAAAAAGUCCUUAGUUGAUUUGAUUCAAUUACAUCUCAGAAGCAAUAGGCUUACAUGAUCAGGUGGACAGACAAUAUGAAAAGCAAUAAUACUGAAAUGUACCUCCAUGUUAUGUACUAAACAUAAAUGGUGAAUGGCACAGAGCUAAAUUUGGCUAUCAUGAGUCUAUUUGUGGAACCCGCUUGGCUAGUCUGGUGACUCCAUUCUCUCGUGGUGCACCUGUUUUAUAACUGGCACCACACUCAUCUCUCUGACAGUGAUGUUUUGAGUCUCGAGGAGCGCUUUCACCAAAACAUCAUGUAUAGACAUCUUUCGUCCUUCAUUUACUGGAGUGCUCUUCAAAGUUCAAUAACUCAAGAAGUAGCUGAGCAGCUGAGUUAAGUUGGGUUCGGAACAACAUUAUAUACAUUAUAUUAAGAAUGAGUAAAAUAACAAAAAUUAUUUGUAAGGUGUGUUGCUAUGAUAUGGAAGCCUAAAGUUACCAAAACUCAAUUUAAAAUGCAAAUUGGAAUGGAAGUAACAAAAGGAGUCAUAAAUAGGAAAGGUGUCUUGAAUGUUAAUAAUCUAGGUUCAACUUCAAGCACAAAAUCAAGCAAAAAAUUCUAAAUUCAAACCAAAUAAAUGUCAUAUUUUAGUAUCUACAGAUUUGUUUUUGUCUUAGUUACAUAUACUGAGUAGUUUGUAAUUUAUCAGUAUCUAGGUAAAGCAAGAAAACUAAGGUGCAUGACAGACUAAUUUUAAUCUUUGGCAUGAAUCGUAGCAUAUGAAAUGUAUACCUUGAAUUUAUGCCUACCCAUAAUGCACUGCUCUACUAAAUAGCACACAAUAUAUUAUGCUGUGUCAUGAAAUCCUCAUUGAAAUGUGCAGUUCAUAUCCCCUAAAAUACUACUUUUCCUCUUCCACCAAAAUAACUGCCCUUGUAUCUAAGAAAGGGGGAAGUAGGAGGUAUAGUACUGUAAGACUAGCACAAGAAGAAACACCAUGAUGGUCAUUCAGCUGGUGACAAUGACUGAUAUUUUCCUAGUGGUCCUUUUAUCCCAGGGGUAUCCUUUGCCCUAAAUAAUUAUACAUAAUGUGUUGCUUUUUAGAACUUUUAGGCUAAGAGAGAUUUUUGGGGAGAUAAAUGAAGCCUUUUUGUCCCAAUCCUAGACUUUAUGCUCAUUGCCUUCUGGGAAGGCUCUGGUAAUCCUAAUGUGUGACACCUUUGUACCUACUUAUAAUGUUUCGGUGGUAUCCAUGGUAAAGCAUCAUCAGCUUCUAUGCUGCAUCAUCGGAAUACAAAAUUCCAUCAUGCCUUUUUCUUUUUUAUCUGAAGAAGUUUUAAUAUUACCCAAACUGACUCCAUGAAAACAGAUAAUGCACUAGCUGUACACAACAUCAAUAAACUAUAUUAGGCAACAGCUAAAUACACACAAAUCAACACAUUUGUUUUUAAAGGAAGUUAUUUUUAAAUGACAGUAUUUCAUUGAGAUACAUUAGAAUAAAAUCAUCCAUAUUUAUCGAUUUUUGUACCAGAAGAAAAUCUGAAGAAAUCACAAAGAAAGAGGCAAAAAUAGAUUUAUUGCCUCAGGUUAUCAAUGAUUUGAUUUUGUUUCAUUUCAGCACAGAAGCUUAUGAUUAAACAGGUAUUUCUCUUAAAGGGAUGAUUGGAAAACCUUUGACCUCUGUAGAAGUCUUCCUAUGGCCCAGGUGAAGAAACGUGCCCUGGGCUUUUAUUUUAAUGCAAAGUCAAUUAAAUUAUUCGAUUAAAACCUAAUUGUAAAUGAAAACUGGUUGGAGUGCAUAUUUUGUUAAAUUUGCUUACUUCAUGUAUUUAUCAUUGUAAAACUGAAAACAUUGGUAUUACAUUACAGUAGUAGCCCACAACACAGCAGCUGCUGUGAAUUAACGUAAUAUUCCAGCAUUUUGUUUCUCCCACCUAGCAAAUUUCUGUGUUGCGAAUCAACUCUAAACACAGGUGGUACUCAUAAGGCCUGACUAAUCAAUCGACCAACUAACAGAGAGCUGUAUCAUGAUGACAAAUGUGAUCAGACUGAGAUCACAGAUCAACAUCUGUGUUGCCAAGGUGACCAGAUGCCUCUCUGGUCUAUGGACAAUUAUUCGAUCCACUCGUUCAAUAAAUCACUGUGACAUACACUCACACAAACAGCCUGGCGGGUUCAGGAGCCUUUUGGGACCCCAUGGACCAGAACUGGAGGACAACCAGAGACAGGUGUAGAGAGAGAGAUCAAUGGAGGAAACAACUAGAUGCAUCAUCAUUACUCUACUGACAAAAUAAUAGAGAAAAUGUUGGUUAUAUUUCUAAUACUCGUUUCAAUGUCUCACUUCUGGGGAUUCUCUCUAGCAGGUCACUAACUUGACAAACCAAUCACAGAACGUCUGUUGGAGACAGACAGGUCGAGUGGCAAAUGAGAUGAGCCCCUCCCCUCUUUAUAAGGUACCACUCGCCCAAUUGUUCUCAGGCAAACCGUGAGGUUAGCGCUGCUAAACGUAGGACCUCAGCUCCUGUCGAUAGCGUUGAGUACUGACCAAAAGGAAAGUUUUGCUUAGAGUAUAAUUUAUUUGGAAGCUAGCGUCACACGGCUAGCUAUCGAGACUUGGUUAGCACAUGCCGCAAGGCUUUAGCUAACUUGGCUAGCUAGCUGGAAAGCUAGCUAACCACACCCAAGGGCUAGCUCUUGCUGCAAGGCCAGAUCAACCCACGUUCACCCAUGUCGAGUUGAUUAAACUGACUACCCUAGAUUUACAGCUCGACGGUCGAGAGACACACUUUGUUUGUCGAGACACAAAGAACACACACACUUUCUCCAGCUAGCAUUGUGCUAACUAGUUAGGCUAUUAGCCGAAAGGCAAGGAAUACUAUUUUCUCGAGGAAAACUAUUUUCUCUGAGCCAAGGAGCCUUCUACCCCUGCACAGGGAGAACCGAGCAGGACUCUUGCCCCACUACUGUCACACUUGUAUCCGUGUGGGGCUAUGCUAUCAGGCAAGGACACACACUCUUUGUGUAUCAUCUGCCUGGGGGCAGAGCGUGCUGAAGCAUCACUCGGUAACUCCUAGUCCUGUGUGCACUGUAGGGACUUUCAUAAGCCUGUCCUUAAGCCAAGACUGCAUAGAUCAUACCCUUCACGGGCCCCAUCGUCCUCACAGCCUGCGGGUGAGGAGGCUACCCCGCAACUUCAACCGUCACGGGCUGAGGUGGAGGAGGCUUACCCGAGGACCUCCAACCGUUGUUCGAUUACUCUACAGUGGAGGAAGAAGAAGGGGACCUCAUCAUCAAUGAGUUCGAUAGGACUGGCCUUCGAUACCCGAUGACCGAUUCAGGCUUAUCGAAGUCUGCAGACUGGCAGCGGCCAUACUCAAUAUUGAGUGGCACACACCCGUGGGGGGGGUGGCAGUGCAAAAGGGGAUUGAUACGACAGGAGGAGUCUCCCCUCUCGCACCGUCUCAGGAAAUAAACUUCUCCCAGCUGUCCCAGCUUGCGUGGAGGAAGCCCAGCGCAACUGGGACAAGCCCUUGUCCACUAAAGUCCAGACCAGGACAUCCCUUGGUAGUUGAGCAGGCGCUGGCCAACCACACCAACCCCAGUGCAACGUCACAGACCGGCACUUUUCUGAAUCUAUCUUCAAGAAGAACAUAAUGUCCAUACUGUUGGCUUAUCAGGCAGAUUUGCCGCUGGUACUGCCAAACAGGACCUAUGAGAGGAGAUCUGCGUCAUUGCCGAUCUCAACGUCUGUGCCUCCAGAGGACGUGUCAUGAGCCUUGCUGUGGUGGGGGAGAGAGCCCUGCAAGUGUGGGAACGUCUCUCAUCUCAUUGGAUAGCGGAGGCUAUUAUAUUUGCUUAUAAUAGCAAGGGUUUACAGCCCUGGAGGGACUGAAGGCUCAUUCCACCAGAGGUGGGCAAUGUUCAAAGUAGAGGUCGACCGAUUAAUUGGAAUGGCCUGUUAAUUAGGGCUGAUUUCAAGUUUUCAUAAC